AUGGCAGUAGCCAAACCAGCAAACGGAAGCAUAUCAAAAAACAGCACCAUAGAUGGCUCAACUAAAGUCAGUAGUACCAAGUUUAGUGACUUGUUGGCCUUUAGUGGACCAGCACCCGAAAGGAUAAACGGGAGGUUGGCUAUGAUCGGGUUUGUGUCAGCAAUGGCAAUGGAGUUGACCAAUGGUCAAGACGUGUUUACUCAGAUAUCUAACGGAGGACUAACGGUGUUUGUUGGGACGAGCGUUGUUUUGACGUUAGCGUCGUUAGUGCCGUUGUUUAAAGGGGUGAGAGCUGAUGAGGCCGCCAAAGCGAAUGGGCUGAUGACUUCAGAUGCAGAGUUGUGGAAUGGACGUGUUGCCAUGCUGGGUUUGGUUGCUUUGGCUUUUACCGAGUUUGUUACCGGGAGCGCUCUUGUGUAA